UACGACAAGAUAGCUAGCUUAACUGAAGCAGCUAAUAUCGGUUAGCCUGCGCAGUGAAGAUGUCCUGCCAAUGCAGCUGGGACUAAGGGGAGAAGCUGUGCAAUUUCAAAUUGUACUGCAGAAUUAAGCAGAGGAGUCAGUCGCUGAAAGAUGGAGGUUGAGAGCAGUGCUCUGGGCCGAGUAACCGUUUACUCCAUCCAGGGCUGCCCACACUGUGUGCAGGCUAAAGCCACCCUGGGGCGUUUGGGAGUACCAGUAUGUGAUGUGGAUGUGGGACGGCAUCCAGAGCUAAGAGCCAGGGUGAAGGAGCUAACAGGACGCACCUCAGUCCCCCAGAUCUUCUUUAACAACAUUCAUGUUGGGGGCAAUGAUGACUUACAGAAAUUGGCUCCUGAGGAGCUUCAGAGGUUGGUGAAUCUAGUCAAGAGAGAGCCUCUUCCAGCAGACGCCCCACCUCUACCAGAGGAGAACCAACCAGAGGACACGACUGGGGAGAGUGAUGGAGAGUUUAUGUGUGAGAGGGAUGAAUUGGCGGACCUAGUAGAAGACCUCAAACAUGGCAGUGUGAUUGGCAGUCAUAGGAGGGGGCUGACACUAUACAAAAAGAGCUUCUCGGGUGAUCAACUGGUUGACUGGCUGCAGAAGGAGAAGGGCAUGGCCAGGGCUGAGGCCUGUAAUACUGGCCAAGCAUUGUUGCAGAAGAAGUACAUGGUCAGUGUGCGUGGCUGUGGGCAGCAGGAUGGCAGUUUUGAAGAGGGGAAAGACACACUGUACAGGCUGCUGGAGGAUGACCCUCAUUCAGCCCUCAACACAGGACAGACGGCAGCUUGCAGUCCCAUCCCGGCUGCUGAGCUCUCUUUGCUUCUACGGGAGUUGAUUCUGGAAUUGUUCUCCGAGCAUCUCUCUGCUGAUGGAAAGACUGUGGACUACAAGGGAAUGUCGGUGAAUCCUGCCUUUGAGCGUUACUGUGAGCUUGCCAUUCAGCUGCAGAGGGUGGAGCUGCUUUCGCUGAGCCGGGAGGAGAAGCUGGCCUUCUUCAUCAACAUCUACAAUGCCUUGGUCAUCCAUGGGUACCUACGCCUGGGGGCCCCUACCAACAUGUGGCAAAGAUACAGAUUCUUCAACUAUGUGAGCUACCUGAUUGGAGGAGAAGUGUUUACAUUACAGGACAUUGAGAAUGGUGUUCUGAGAGGGAACCGAAAAGGUGUCGCACAGCUUCUGAGGCCCUUCUCCAAAACAGACCCGCGACUACAAGUGGCCCUCCCAGAUGCAGAGCCCCUCAUUCACUUUGCCUUGAACUGUGGCGCAAAGGGCUGCCCUCCUAUUAAAACAUACACUCCACAGGACAUUGACAGCCAGCUCCGCACAGCAGCUGAGGCCUUCCUGGAGAACGACGAUGCCUGUAUGGUGGAUUCUGGGAAAAGAGAAGUGCGACUCAGUCAGAUAUUCAAAUGGUACAAAGCUGACUUUGGAGGAACAGAUGAAAAGCUGCUGAAGUGGGUGGUGGAGCACAUGGGUGACUCUCCAAAGAAGACCAGCCUGCAGGGUGUCCUUUCUGCUGGGAAGACCAAAAUCAGCUUCCUCCCUUACGACUGGAGCACCAACAGCUCCCACUGAGCAUGCGCACAAAAAUGCAUUCAAGUUAAGCUAUACGUCUCUCUGCAUCCUUCCACUUUCUACUGAGCUGUAUCUACUUUAAAAAAACAACAAAAAAAAUCGAAGGUUAGUGAUGAUGAUGUCCUUGCCAAUGCAAUCCACUGGUCCUCAACCAUGCAAAUGGUUUUUAUGCAAAACAAACUUUAAAUCCAAGUGGUGAGAGGGGCGCAUUUGCAUUGUACCACUGAUUCAUACUUCUCUUGUAAGCUUAUCCUGGCUCUAAGGUCUGACUGUAAGCUCCAGAGAGCCUAUUUUGGAAAUCAAGUUGCACACAGAAACUUUUCACAUAACGAGAAGCACGUUAAGCCUGUCAUUGACUUCUGUCAUUAAUGUCCUGUAAAAAAUCACAAACAUUUCAAAAAUAUUUUUAAGUAAAAUAAAACGGAGAAAGUUAACCAAAAGUAUACUGUAUAAUAAUAAUAAUAAUAAGGAUUAUCGAUAUGGCUUCCAUGCUUUCCAGUCCUACUCUUUAAACACCAUAUCAGCAACUCAGGAGUCAUUGAUUAUCACAAUAUUGUCAGUCCAAUGCAACACUAAUAUCUGGGGCAUUUAAUCAGAGCAGACAGAGAUGAUACAAACACACUGCCUUGACAAGCCAUAUUGAAACCCUUUGAACUUACAAUGCAGAUUCUCCGCAAAGCUAGUCCAGGUUUAACCUGCACAUGUUAACAAGCUGAUGUUGUUUUCUACAAGGAAAGAAAGUUAAUAGCUGUUACAGUUUGGAACGCCGUGGACAUUAAAUAAUUAAACUAUAUAUUUCUGGCUGCAAGAUACCAGAUGUUAGGCUUUAAAGAAAUGUAUGAGAAUUUAUUAUCUUUUCUAAACCUCUUUAUGACCCAGAUGUCAAGCUCUUUAUCAUUGGACAGACUAAAUCUGGUUAGGUGCUGCUACUGUCACGAAUCUUCCCAAACGAUUGGCUCAGGCUGGACUGGAACUAUAAUGUGGUGCGGCGGUGAGGCCUGUAUCCUCUCAAGUCCCCAUUUUUGUGUAGGAUGUAGUCCCUAAAAAAUGUUGCUUGUUUAGGGUGAUGGAUGCAACAUUCAGACUUUUGCAUGUCUUGAUUGGCUUUGAUUUCUGCUCCCUGGUGGUAUUUUGUUUCUUCUUUACGUCAUUUGAACCCACAUGAUUGUUCACCCUUCUAUUUGAUCCAGGUCUUCCAUUCAAAGUUGAAAAAGUGCUACUGCUGUGUUUUUAGCACAGUUAUUUGGUAAAAGAUGUAGUAAUAUUUUGAAUUAUUGAAAUACUUAUCAAAACCACAUCCUUUAGGAUGCACUCUGACACUUUGCAUGCUUAUCGCCGCCUUGUUGAGACAUAUUUGUACUUUUUUUCACAGAGAAAAAUGUUGACCGUUGGUCAGUAUGAGCUUAAUGGGCUGCUUAUACAGCUAUUUUCAGAGUGUCUAUGGGAACUCAAAAAAUAAAUCUCAAAUAUUUUUCAUAACCCAAAUAAGUAGUCAUAGUUAGAUGUAGCAGUUUAAGUGCUGAUUAGGGUUUGCAGGUUUAUGGUGUGUUGUGUUUCUGCCUACAGAUCUGAACGAGAUCCUUUCUUUUUAUUUUUCCAACAUAGAAAUUAAGAUUCAUUGGUUUACCAUUUUACCUGGCCUUAAAAGUUUGUAAGAUGUUUUUAUUUUUUAACAUAAAUCAGUGUGAUGGCCACACAUUAAUAUAAUUACUAUAUAUGAUAAUAAGGAGUGUGUGGCUCAGAAAAAAACUCUUUUUAAGGGCCGUUCUCUGUUUUACUAUCUCAGGUCAAAGGAAAAUGUGAGUGGAAACAAUAUUGAGUUGUUUGAUGUCAUCCUGUGUGAUGCAUGUCGCGUAUAAGAAUUUCAGUUCAUUCUGCACAGUCCAUAUUUCAUGCACAUUACUAUAACUGUCAGUUUUGUUGUCUUAAAGUUAUAAGCAGCACCAAAGCAUAUGGUUAAAUUAGCAUGCGUUUUAACUGGAAUGCAUUUGCUGCAUGAGAUACUGGUAAACUCUUCAGUUUUGAAUGCUAGCCUGUAGCAGGACUGCCUCUCUCACUGCUUUCUUUCUAGCCUGUAAGCUCAGCCGUAAGAAAUAGUUGGACCUUCACACAUAGUCCCCAUUAACAAAUAACGCACCAGUUACACAAUAAUAUUGAAAAAGAAUAUGUGCAAUAGAUUUAAAUGACCACUCAACAAUAGACUGCACUUUUUCUGUGACUACAUGCCUUUAGUGACAAGUGCACCAUAGGCUAAACUGCACUUAACUCCAUUACUGAGUGAAUAUUACAAAAGGGGAAGACACUUUAUGGGCUAAAUUGGACAGAAAAAAGGUUUUAUGUAUAUUGAUGAUCCCUGAACUUCAAAUUACCUCAUGUAUCAGGAGAAUGUGAUGCAAAAAGUUUUUUAAACAAGCAAUUCUAAUAUAAUCAUUCUAUUUUCCUCUUUCCUAGGGUUAGCAAUAAAGCAAUAUGUUUAUGAAAAGUAAAUAUGCAAUGCUGAAGUAAAAAAUAAAGUAUAUUAAUGAGUUUG